GAGAGAGAGAGAGAGAGAGAGAGAGAGAGAGAGAGAGAGAGAGAGAUUUCUGGUUCUGAGCCCGCUCCCCUGCUCUCCGGCAUGGCCUUCGUUCUCGUCUCUCUCUUUCUCUUUCUGUGAUCUGAUUGCUGAAACUUUUGGAAACUCUUCACAUUUAGGAUUCCCUUCGUUUUGUCUGCCGAUUGCUGUUUUUUAACUGGAGGGAAAUUUCUUGAUUGCUUUAGUACAUUUACUCCUUCUGUUCGUCGAUCAACGGACUUCGGGCUGAGAAAACCCCAACUCGCGCUGUUUUUCUUCUUGUUUGCCGUUCAUUCUUAUGGCUGCUCCUAAUUUACCCGAUGACAACCCUGUAACGGCAACCGGAGCCCACCAUUCUCGUAACUCCGGCCAAAAUAUAAGCAGCCCUAAACCUCGCCGCGCCACUCGCCCAGUGUCGUCGCCGUGGACUCAGAUUGUGCGUGGUGAGUUGGAAAUCCCAGCCGUUGUUUCGGCUUCUCCAUCGAAUAUGACAUCUACGACGGCUAAUGUCGAACCGUGUUCUCCUUCGCCUUCUUCUUUAGUUGCGGAAGAAUCUGUUGGAGAGAUAUCAGAGAGUGGGAAUGAGUCACAAUCCAAUGCGGGAAAUAAGCCCGCCUGGAAUAAGCUGUCUAAUGGGGCCGCGAAGGUAGGGCCUGUUAUGGGUGCUGUAUCUUGGCCAGCCUUAUCGGAGUCUACUCGGUUCUCAAUCAAAUCGUCUUCGGAAUCACCGAAAGGCUCAGCUGAUGGAUCUGUUGGCCCUGCAUGCCAGGGGAUAGGUAAUCCAUCAUCCUCACCACAUAAAGAAUUUAGUACUGCAAGCCCUAUUCUGAAUCCGACUCCGAAUCCAAACCCAACUCAUCGUCAGAAGCCAAUGAAGCGUAGUGGUGUUGGCAAUUCAUACAGUGGUGGUGCCUCUCAACAGUCGACAAUUUCAGGUUCUAUAAUUGAUACUACUCCAAAUAAUCCAUCGUCGAAGGACCACAUUCAAAGGAGUUCAUUUGCCUCACAAUCACACAAUGAUCAUAAUUAUCAACAUCAACGUAACUUUAGGAGUCGUGGGUCUGGUUACUCACGUGGUGAAAGUUUUCACCAGCACAGUCAUGGUUCUAGGCGUGAUCAAGAUCGUGGAAACCAUGAUUGGAAUCCCCAUCGAAAUUAUGGACAGUCUCAGAGAGUUAUUCAAAGAUAUAUAAGGCCUCCACCACCUCCUAGUACUGCAACGUUUAUUCCUUCAUCUAUGAGGCCUAUUGGCGGUCCCAUGCCUUUUCAUGAAUUUGGACCUCCAGUGGUAUAU